AUUGCCUUAUCAGCUGAGAAUAAAUCUAAAAAUAGAUACAAAAUGAUUUGUGCAUAUGAUGAUACAAGAGUUAAACUGAACAUAGAAAACAGCGAUCCAAGCACAGAUUACAUCAACGCCUGUUAUAUUGCGGUAGGAUCAUUUAAAUCCUAUAUUUCUUGCGAGGUUUUUCUUCUUGUAGGACCUACACCUGUUAAUAUAGUGGAGUUCUGGAGAAUGAUAUGGGAUGUUGAAACAGGAAAAAUUGUCAUGUUAACCAACCUGACGGAAAUGGGAGUGGUUAAAUGCACACUUUAUUGGCCGUCACUGGGUAACGAUGUCAAAUAUGGAAAAAUAACUAUCACUACCAUACGAGAAGAUGUCUUCGCAGACUUAACAGUACGAACCUUACGCUUGACUAAAGUAGGUAUAACAGAUAAAAGCUCGAGAAUGAUCAAACAGUAUCAUUAUGUAUCUUGGCCAGAUAAAAGUGUACCAAAUGACAUUUCAUCAUUGGUAGAAUUCAGAAAUAAAGUCGUUCGUUCAAGUACUGAAUUUCCAGGAGCAAUGGUUGUCCAUUGCAGUGCUGGUGUUGGAAGAACUGGUACCUUUGUAGCUUUAGAUUAUCUGAUAUCAGAAGGAGAGGCCAACAAAGCUGUGGAUGUUUUUAACUGUGUUCACAGAAUGAGAUAUGAAAGAGUCAACAUGGUUCAAACCAAGGUGCGAAUUACAUGUACUUUAUCUCAAAUAAAUACACUGACUGUUGUGUUUUUAAAAUGUGAAAAUGAAAAUUUAUUCAGUUGGCAGUUAAACACUGUCGACCCCUGCCGACAGCUGUUUUUUUUUUCAUGA